CUUUGUAAUUCUUGGCUUCCUCUUCCCAUUCCAUUCACUUCUUUCUUAUUAGUCCUACAAAUACAGUUGCUAGCGAAAGCCUCACCGGCAGUCGGACCAACAAAAACCACGGUUGCUACUACGGCCAUGGAUUCGGUAUCUGUAUCCAGUGGAGGAUUGAAGAAGAGACCGAAGAGGAAGCGGACUCAGAAACACGACGCCGAACUCGAGCAAUUCGACUCCCUCCCAUGGAGCUCAUCAUUAUCCGGCGAGGACCCGUUCUCUUUUGUCGUUGGCUCCAAUGAACUCGAAGGAGGUUUUCUUUCGCUUGAAGAGAUUAAUGAAGCCGAAUAUGGAUUGGAAAUCCCUAAACCCGAGGGAAAUAUCAAAAAGGAAAAGGCUAAGCCAAGUAAACAAUCUAGCAAACAAAAGCUCAGCCAAAAUGGUGGCAGUGACGGUAAUGAGGUUCAGGCUGUAGAUGAAGUGAACAUGGAAGAGGGAGAGAAUGUGAUGGCUGAAAAGAAAAAGAGAAAGAAGAAGUUGAAGAUGAAGAAAAAGAAGACAAAGGAGGCACAGAAAGUCGAGGAUGUUGAUUCUAAUGCUGCUGAUGUGGUUGAGAGUGAAGUUAAAGAGAGUGAAAAGGAUGGGAAUGUGAAACCUGAGCAGGGAAGUAAGAAGACUAAGAAGAAGAAGAAGAAGAAGAAGAAGAAGAAGAAUGUGAAUGAAACUCAGGAAAAUGAAGAAUCCAUGCCUGUAAGCAAUGCCCAAGAUGAAGUUGAAGCAGAGCCUGUUGAUGAAGCUGACUAUUAUUCAUGGAAUGAGUUGAGACUCCACCCUCUGAUUAUGAAAUCUAUAUACAGACUUGGGUUCAAGGAACCAACACCAAUACAAAAAGCUUGUAUUCCCGCUGCCGCCCAUCAAGGGAAGGAUGUCAUUGGUGCUGCGGAGACAGGGUCUGGAAAGACGCUGGCUUUUGGUUUGCCCAUUUUUCAGCGACUAUUAGAAGAACAAGAGAAGGCUGCAAAUGUACUUGAAGAAAGGGAUGAGGAGGCAGAAAAGAUUACUCGCAAAGGAUUUUUACGGGCUCUCAUUAUUACUCCUACAAGAGAACUUGCACUUCAGGUAACUGAUCAUCUAAGGGCAGUUGGCAAGGAUACCAAUAUCAGAAUUGUUCCAAUUGUGGGAGGAAUGUCAUCAGAGAAGCAGGCAAGACUUCUUAAAUGGAGGCCUGAGAUUGUUGUUGGAACUCCUGGUAGAUUAUGGGAACUCAUGUCUGGGGGUGACAAGCAUCUUGUGGAGUUACAUUCAUUGUCUUUUUUCGUGCUGGAUGAGGCUGAUCGAAUGAUAGAAAAUGGACAUUUCCAUGAGUUGCAGUCAAUAAUUGACAUGCUUCCUAUGACCAGUGGUUCUACUGAAGUAAAUCCUCAAAAUACACAAAGUUGUGUUACAGUUUCAAGCUUCCAGAGAAAGAAAAGACAAACCUUUGUCUUUUCUGCUACCAUAGCUCUAUCUGCUGAUUUCCGUAAAAAGCUAAAGCGUGGUUCCAUGAAAUCAAAGCAAUCAAUGGCUGAAGGGUUCAGUUCAAUAGAAAACCUCUCAGAACGAGCAGGGAUGAGAGACAAUGUUGCCAUUAUUGAUUUGACAAAUGUGUCCAUAAUGGCAAAUAAGCUCGAGGAAUCAUUUAUAGAAUGCAAGGAAGAAGAUAAAGAUGCUUUUUUGUAUUAUAUAUUGAGUGUUCAUGGACAAGGUCGCACAAUAGUCUUCUGUACAUCAGUGGCUGCUCUGCGUCAUCUAUCUUCUAUCUUGCGCAUCCUCGGUAUUGAUGUUUGGACCCUUCAUGCCCAGAUGCAGCAGCGAGCUCGAUUAAAGGCAAUUGAUCGUUUUAGGGGAAAUGAGCAUGGUAUACUUGUUGCAACUGAUGUGGCAGCUAGAGGCAUUGAUAUUCCUGGUGUGAGAACUGUUGUUCACUAUCAGCUACCACAUUCAGCGGAAGUUUAUGUUCAUAGAAGUGGGAGAACUGCUAGAGCUUCUGCUGAUGGGUGCAGCAUUGCCCUAAUUUCACCGAAAGAAACUUCAAAGUUUGCUUCCUUGUGGAAAUCCUUUUCUAAGGAAAGUUUUCAGCGUUUUCCUUUGGACAAUUCGUACAUGCCACAGGUCAUGAAACGAUUAUCUCUUGCACGACAAAUAGACAAGAUUUUACGGAAGGGAUCUAAGGAGAAGUCACAGAAAAGCUGGGUUCAGCGAAAUGCAGAUUCAAUUGACUUAGUAGUGGACAGUGAUGAGAGCGAGGAGGAAAGAGUGAACAAUUCCAAGCAAAAGAAAGUCACAUCAGCAAGUUUAAAUAAGUUGCAGCAGGAGCUAAAUGACCUGCUUUCACGUCCACUACAACCAAAGACUUUCUCACAUCGCUACUUGGCAGGGGCUGGUGUUUCACCUCUGCUGCAACAUCAAUUUCAAGAAUUAGCUAAGCAGAAACUAAGUGUCGUCAAGAACACAGGAGGACAAAACAAAAGGAGGAAAAUGGUUGUUAUAGGUCAGGAUUGUGUGGAACCACUCCAGGCCCUUCGGAGUGCUGGUCAAGAGGUACACAUGGAUGUUAAAGAAAUUGCUCAAAAACGUAAAACUACGGAGGAACUUCGGAAAAAAAGAAAAGAUGAGAAGAAACGCUUGAGAGAUCAACGGAGAAAGCAGAGGAAGAAGAUGAAAGGGUUGUAAUAAGGUCAUAUUCUUCAAAACACAAAAUAGAGUGAGAUCCAACAAAAUGGUAUUCCAAGCAAAAUAUAAAAUCACAUCAAACUAACGGAUGCAGAGUGUUUCAAAUCACCUGGAAAUUUUACACCAUUUUGUAUACUACUUUUAAUUAUAAAUUUUGAUGCAUAAAUUGGUAUUAUUCAUUCUAGUUUAAGUUAGUGGCAACCGUAGAUGUUUGUUGUAUAAUUUCUUUACCCUAUUUUUAUUAAAAUUUGAGGUCAAACGAUAAAUAAUUUCCACAUAAA